GUUAAGGGGAGGAUUUUUGGGCUUUGUGCUUAUUCCACAAGCGUCUGAAGCUGAAGAGCUUGUAAACUGGAUUAUGUUGUCGUGUGUGACUCUCCUGAUUCUUUUCAGCGUGGACUCUAAAUCAGGGUGUAGCAACUCACGGCUGCAACGGGCUCACAGCUGCUACAGACUUGCAGGAGUGCUAUUUUACACAUAUUGUUAAUGGUGAGGUGAAUGGAGAUGAGGUGUAGGUGAAAUGGUCGUUGGUCUUUGGCAGCAUUUUCUGUGGAGGUGACUUCCAAGCAGGGCUGAGCAAACGAGGCAGGACCUAGGGAGCUUCACAGGGCACAGCAGGUGUGGGGAGGGUCACCUUCACUUUCCUCAGCAAGCUCUGGAAAGCACAUUCAUCAGUGGAUAUUACCUGAGGAGCGGGCAAGCAUGUGUAUACAUGUGUGCUGCAUCAGUCCUGCGAGGAGCAUGUUUCAGCUGCGUGCACAAGGAACAAUUACAGGUGGUUGGUCCAGAAGCAUCUCUUGUUGCUGUAACUGGUGAAGAUAUGAUUCUGCCCUGUUUUAUCAAACCCACCACCAGUGCUGUGGACAUGACAGUGGAGUGGUUCAAACUCUAUGUAAAGGAUUCAUUAGUGCAUCUCUAUAGGGAUCAUGAAGACAGAAAUGAAAAUCAGGCUCAGUCCUACAGAGGAAGAACAUCAAUGUUUAAAGAGGAGCUACAGAAAGGCAAUGCUUCACUCAAACUCUCAGAUCUCCGGGUCUCAGAUGAAGGAUUUUACAAGUGUCUUGUUGAGGACAAAUCCUGGUCUGAUGACAUCACCGUGAAUGUCACUGUUGAGGCUCAGGGAAGCCACCCAGUGAUCAGGAUGGAGAGUUUUGAUAACUCAGGAGGGAUUAAUCUAGUAUGUGAGUCUAGAGGCUGGAUCCCUGAACCUGAGAUUCUGUGGCUGGACAGAGAAGGAGUCACUCUGACUGCUGAAGAUACACAGAUACACAGAGAUACCGAGGGCUUCAGCGUUAAACGCCGCAUCACUGUUUAUGAUUCUAGUGACUCCAACAGGUUUUACUGCAGACUACUUCAAAAACAUCACAUGAUGGAGGCAGAGGUUAUCAUUAAUAGUAAAUUCUUUGAUGCUUGGAAAUGGAUUGUCAGCAUUUCAGUUACAGCAUGCCUUGUUGCUGUUGGAUUGAUGAUAACUGCAUUUAUUUGUCACAAGGAAGAGAUUCAAAAGGAGAAGCAGUUCACAGACUUUGUAAAGAAAAAGCUGUAUGCAGUUGAUGUGACUCUGGAUCCUGAUACAGCUCAUCCUGAACUCAUCCUGUCUGCUGAUGGAAAAGAAGUGAAAUGUGGAGUCAAGUGCCAGGAUCUCCCUGAUACACCACAGAGGUUUAAUGAAUCUGUUAAUGUUCUGGGAAAGGAGAGUUUCUCCUCUGGGAGAUUUUAUUAUGAGGUGCAGGUCAAACAGAAAACUGCGUGGAUAUUAGGAGUCAUUGGAGAAAAUGUUAACAGGAAGGGGAAGAUUACAAUGAGGCCUCUGGAUGGAUUGUGGACUGUGGCUAUGUGGGAUGAGCAUCAUUACUGGGCUUAUGAAGACCCCUCUGUCCCCCUCCCAUUGAGAAAGAAGGUGGAGGUGGUGGGGGUGUUUGUGGAUUAUGAGGAGGGUCUGGUCACCUUUUAUGAUGUGAUGUCCAGCUCUUGUAUUUACUCUUACACCAAUCAGUCUUUUACGGAAAAUCUCUACCCUUUCUUCAGUCCUCGGGCCAAUGCUGGAGGUAAAAAUUCAGCACCACUGAUCAUCUCUCCUAUAAUUAAAGACUGAAUGAAUUUUCACCUCACAAAUGUCUUCUUCUACUUUCGGCUUUAACCGUCAAAGGUCGACAAAGCAAAUCAUCUGUUUCCACAAAUAUAUUCCUCAGGCACCUUCUCACUCUCUCACCUGUUGAGCAAUCUAGAUAAAAACUGCUUUCUACAUCCCACUCUUCCUAGCAUCUUCCUCCAAAUGCUGUCCUGUACUUUCUUGAUCCCCCACCAUGUUUCCUUAUCCUAUUUUCUCCUUCCAGAUGACACACCUAGCACCCUCCUCACUUCUGCUGUAGGUUCCAAGUCAGCUGGAAGCUCUUCCUGAUCACACAAAGCCUGUUUCAGCUUCUGUUUGAAUUCCUCACAACAUUCUUACACCACUUGGUCUUCUUUUCUAUCUUUCCUCUCCUCUUCUUCCUGACCACCAGAGACAUCUUACACGUCACCAUCUGAUGCUGUCUCUCUCCUAACAUCACUUUGCAGUCACUAAUCUCGCUCAGAUGUCCUCUUCUACAUAGAAUGUAAUCUACCUGCAUACUCCUACUUUCACUCUUAUAUGUAACUGUGUUCCUCUCUCUUCUGGAAAUAAGUGUUAACUAAAGUCCACCACCAUCUGUCCUUCUAGGUUCCUUUCCUUAAUACCAAAUCUGCCCCUGAUCACCUCUAUUCCCUUCACCAACAUGCCUGUUGAUGUCUGUUCCAAUCACUACUCUCUCCCAUCUGGGAAUACUCUCCAUCACCUUUUAUAACUCACUCCACAAUCUCUCCUGCUCUUCUAACUCUCAGCCUACUUGUGUAGCAUAACCACUGACGACAUUCAACAUCACCCCUUCAAUUUCUUACUUCAAACUGAUCACGUUGACACUCUUUUCACCUCUAAAACAUUUACAAAUGUAUUAAUCUAUUAAAUGAGAAUUUCUACUGUUUCUGUUUAAAUUUAGAUAUGCAUGUUCCUUUUUAAUGUGCUGUAAAGUUUUAUUUGAAAUACAUUAUGUAUUUAUUUAUAUGUUUGUUGCUAAUCAAAUAUUAAUAAAAACAGUUACAGUCCA